AGCAAGUGGCCAAAUGUAGCUUUGCUAAUAUUUAUAUUAAUGUCGUCGUCGUGAUAAAAGCAACGUGCGGGAGUCGCAGCGCGUGUGUUUACAACAAAAAAAAAUAAGAAAAUAAGAAAUAUUCAUACAGAAAAAAAUAAAGAAUAGAAAAAAUAUAUAAGAAAUAGUAAAUAUUAAAAGAGAGCAAAAAAAUAAAGGAAUAUAAAAAAAUGAAAUAAGAAUCUAUACAAAAUGAAAUGAUGUGAAUUAGAUACAACCGACAACAACAAAAUCAAAUUUUGUAAUGUAAAAUAAGAAGAAAUAAAAAAAUAAUAAUAAUAGUGGAUGGUGUGUGUGCAUGUGUGCAAAGAAUAUAAGAAUAAUAACAAAACAAAUAAUAAUAAUAAUAAAAAUAAAUAAAUAUUAUUAAAAGAAAUUUAAAGCCAGAUGUUUGAGAGAGUGCGAAAAAUUUAAAGGAAAAAAUAAAACAAGAAAAAUUAAAAAAUAUAUAUAAAAAAAUAUGGAUGGGUAAUUGAAAGGGUUGAGUUUUAAUUUUUUUUUGUUAAGGAAAAAAAUUAAGCCCCAAACAAGUGUAAAGCGGCGGCGGCGGUUUCAAUAACACACAACGUGCUCCAUACGUAAAAACAGAAACAAAAACAUAGAGAAGCUGUCUGUCACUGACAAAUCUCCCACUUCCCAUUUUUUGACUACAAUGAAAACUGAAAGAGCGUCAGCGUAUGACGCCUAAACUAAAGCAAGUGAUGCUAGAAGAAAUGCGAGACUUUUCAAUAAAAAUGCAGCAAAAAUCAAUAGCGUAUGAAAUCAUGGAUAAAGCCGAUCUAAAUAUUAACAAAAUGGAUAGUGAUAUUUGAUAAAUAGACGAGUGUGUGUGGGUAUGCAAGCAAAAGCAAAUAAAUAUUGAGUGAUUUGAAGGAAUGCAAUAAAUGUAAAGUGAAUUUCAAUUGAAAAAAGGAAACAAAUCUGAAAAAAUUAAAAGAAAUAAAAAAAAUUGAAAACAAAGCAGGCAAAUAAUUUUAAAUUCUAAACGAAAAAAAAUAAUAGAAAAAGCCAAGAAAUGCAAGAAAAUUGUGGAAUUGGUGCUAAAAAAAUUUAACGACAAAGAAUUGUGAAAUGCCGACGGGUCAGCAAACCAAGCAAAUAAAGUGCCAAAAUAAAAAAUUAAAAUAACAACAAAAAUAUUUUUUGUGAAAAAAAUGAAAUAAAAUGUCAACAAUUUUGAAAAAAUAAUUAAGUGAAAAAAUUUAAAAAAAAAUUACAAAAACAAAACAACACACAUUUGGGGAAAAUCUUAAGUUUUAUUGAAAAUCUUCAAAAAUUUUUGAAGAUAAAAAAAUCUAAAAAACCUUUGAAAAACAUCUCUCUCAAGACCUCAUUUGAUUUUCCCCAAAAACCAAUUUUUGUGCGGCAUUCACAACAUGACCGAAUACGUUACACCCAACAUACACACAGUGUUGAAAAAAUAUCAAACAAGUGCUCCCAAAAGUCUACAAGGUCCUGGUCAUUCAUUAGCCAAUAUUGCGGCGACAUCUGGCAACGCCCUACCCUUAACCUCAACAAAUUCGGCAGUUCCCCCCAUAACGGCAGCCCAUGUUUCGAAUUCUACGUCAUCAGCGGCAGCAGUGAACGCACUUGGAGCUGGUGGCCAUUGCCCCCUGGAUGUUAGUCUAAAUAAUAAUGGCGGUGUGGCCAAUUUAUCCACCUCAGCAGAUAUCCAUGGAUUGGUGGCAAUGCGUACCAGUCCUUGUGAUCUUGUCAAAUCAUCAUCUUCGGCCAACAAACAGCAAACACUUGGAGGAGGAGCAGCGAACGUUAUACCCACAAAUGCCAAUCCUGUCCUGCCUCUCAUAAAGAAAGAAAUAAUGACAUCACCGGAACCGACAACACCCUCAGCACAUGAUCUCCAAAAUGACAACUCACUGGCAGGGCCACCAUCACUACCCCAGCCACCGCCAUGUGGUCCCCAGGCACCAACCAUAAAGAUAAUGCCCCCACCACCACCAGAAGUCUCCCAACCCAUACUCUCAUCGGCCGACACCGGUUCGGGAGAGUUGUACGAAACACGCCUCGAGGGCAAGACCAUUGGCUGCUUCUCCAUGGGUGGUGAAAUGCGCCUUUGCUUGCCACAAUUCCUCAACAAUGUCCUGGCCGAAUUUACACUGGAACAAAUCAAUCGCAGCUUCGAUGAUCUGGGCAUCUUCUGUUCCCAAUGUACCCCGGAACAGUUGAUGGAAUUUAAGGCAGCCAAAAUCUUACCUUCCGACGUCAAAUCGAGUGGCCUCAUAACUCGCACCGAUGCCGAACGCCUGUGUGCCGUGCUAUUGCAUCGUUCCGAUCGCAAUAGCUAUGUCAAUGUGGAGGAUAUACCCAAGGGUGCUAUCUCAUUUAAGGUAUAUCAUCGUUGCUUUGGCAAAUGUGAGGGCAUCUGCACGCCGGACAUGUAUUCGUAUCAGAAACCCACAUGCAUUAUGUGCCUCGAAUGUAAGGGCUGGUUUUCACCGCAAAAAUUCGUCGGCCAUGUCCAUCGCAAGGUGGAGAAUCGUACCUGUCAUUGGGGUUUUGAUUCGCGCAAUUGGCAUGAUUAUCUACAUGUCGCUUUGGAUGUGGAGAAUCGCGAAAAAUAUCAGAAAAUCUUGGAUGAACUGAAGGAGGUGGAGAUCAAGGAACAGCAGAAAGCACAGCAGGAGAUUAACUUUUUGAAAAGAAAGGCCGAAAUGCAUUUGGACCACUCAAUAAUUGUGUCAUCAAUGGGCCUGCCACCGCCACCCCAUCAGCCGCUGCCACCCAGCAUGGUUAAGCAUCGUGGCGAUCAGCUGGACAUUCCAUCAACGAAAAAGACCAAAGCUUUAGAUGAGGCUGCCGCCUAUCAGCUGGAGUAUCAACACUACCAAUCGCUGGUCUAUGCCCACUGUGCCCAGCAACAGCGUAUGGCAGCGGCCGGACAAAUGUCUGCCUUCCGGCCGUGGCCUCAACCGAAAAAUUUUAUGCAUGCAGCGGCAUAUAAUGCCGCAGCAGUGGCAGCUCUAUCAACGCUCCCAUAUCUGAGUCAAGAGCCACCAGUCCUCCAGAAUCCCGAACGUGUUGUACGCAGUACAGAUCGUGAGCGUUUCGAGAGAACGUAUCAACCGAACGUGGCGUUGGCACCGCGAAAGACACACUUGGCGCAGGAGCGUGAGAAAGAACAGCGGGAGAUGCGUGAACGUGAGCGUAUGGAGAGGGAGAUAGAAUUAGAACGUGAACGUAUGCGUGAGAGAGAACGGGAACGUUCGCGAGAGCGUGAGAGAGAAUAUGAACGUGAACUGAGAGAAAGAAAAUUACAGCAACAAAUCAAACAACAACAGCAGCAGCAACAACAACAACAACCACAACAACAACCCCCCCAAACCCAGGUUUCCAGUUUGUGUGAUGUGGCGCCCGAUAUCCAAAUAAAACAGGAGCGAGCCGCCACACCCACUGAAAUGAGUAGCAGUAGUCCCACAGCCACACCCCCGCCCCUUAACAACAACAACAACAGCAGCAGUCAUCAUCAUCAGCAAACGCACCACCAUCCCCUGGUGGAUGAUGAAAGACGCAGCAAUAGUUCUGGUAGCUGUCCUCCACCAAAUCCACGACCGCCUUCCGAAAAUCUGGAUGGAGAUGAGGCCAGUGCCGCCUGCAAUCCAUUGAUGUCCCCCUUGGCCCUGAAUCGUUCCAAGGCCCAUCUGGCACAUUUGGAUCAGGCCAGACGUUUGUCGCUGCAAAACUCCUCUUCCUCCUCCAGUUCAUCGUCUUCGUCAUCAUCGUUGUCUGCCUCCUCCACAACGGCCACAGCCAUUGCCAACAAUGCCACCACUCCACCUGCCCCGAAAUUGCCACAACAGCACAUGACGUCAUCGGCGGCGGCGGGGGGUAGAUUGGGUAACUCUUCCGCCACCUUGUCGUCGUCGUCUUCCUCGUCAGCGUCCGCGGCGACCCAAAGCUAUCUGAGACAAUCACCUUCGCCAAAUCGGCGCUGUAACAGUGCCUCUUGUACAAAUUCUCGUAGUCCCGAGGAGUUUGGAGGUUCCAAUGAGAUAACCUCCUCCACCUCACCCAUGCCUCAGCAGCAGCAUCAUAAUGCACAAAACAUAAUUGCCACAGUUAACCAUCACAGCAAAUUGCUGCCCUCUUCGUCGUCGACGACAUAUGGUGGCAGCACUCAUCCGAGCAAUAGUGGCGCCCAACUGAUGAACCACAACGAAAUGCCAGGUCGCAUACGCAUAAGUAAAAAUCUAUUGAAUCAAAAUAAUAUUCUGCGCUCCCCCACACCGCCAAUGCAUAUGCAGGGCCACCAGUUGGCAGGGGCGGGAUCGCAUCACCAGCACCUGCACCAUCACCACCACCCACACCAACAACAACAGCAGCAGUUUGAUUACUACAAACAUAAUGCCCGCUUCUAUGGAACACCUCCACAACACCCGCCACCCCAGAGGCAAUGCCAUCCAAGUCCACAACCUCCACAGCCAGCCUCAUCUCACCAGCAUAAUUCACCAUCACAGUCUUCCAAUGCCAGCCCAGCUGCAGCAAGCGGACUGCCCGCAACCGCAGGUGGUCUAAAUCUGACCACAAAUGCAACAAGCAGCAGGGCCAAUGCCAUGGCAUCACCGGCCAGCCAAGACAAUAACCAGAAUUGCAUUAAACCUCCAACGCAGCAGCAGCACCAUCAACAGCAUCACCACAUGCGAAUGUCGGGCCAAAUGGGAACGGCAUUUAUGGCGCAACACUCACAUCUUGGCCAACAUCCAAUGCAACAACACCCCUCCUCCCAUCUGGCCAAUGGCCGUCGCCUGCCUGCAUUACCGACAAUGAAUUCGGAAUUCGAAUUGUCCACAGACACCGAUGACGAAAGUGUCAACGAUGGUGAGCCGGAUAGCAGCAACACGUUGACCCCCUGGGAAUUGGCCAUUGAGGCAUUGCGUGACUCACGACCCAAGGAGAGGGAUCGCUUGCUGAACAUGCUGCAGCGCAUGCUCAACGAGAAUCAGCACUAUCGCCUGCAGAAUCAACAGCUCAAGGAGUUGAUUGUGGAGCGUAAUGAGCAGAUCAGUAAAUUGCAAAAUGAACUGCAGCUAUGCCAGAGGCAAUUGAGUUUGCUGCAAUUGGGUGGUCAGCCGGCGAGCGCAGUUGGCAACUCCGGCAGCAGUAAUGGCCUGAUAACCAAAGCUCUACGCAAGGAGACCAACGAUGAUCAGUUAAUGUUGAGAGUGCCGUUGAAAAAGUCUCAGCGUCGAGAGCCGGGAAGCUUUGAGAGCGAAGAACAAGAGCGUAGCUUUAGUAGGGAGGGAAAUACGGACAGGGAGCAGGAGGAGAAGGAAAACAGCUUCCCUUCAACUUGCCUAAAAGAAAUCAAGCGGGAACUUAGUGAAUCCAUGGAGGAAGAUGAAGAGGAGGAGCAGGAGAGAGAAGAUGAGAAUAAUGACAAAGAGAGCCAAAGACAAAUGAUCAGUCCAACUCCGAAUGGCAACUCCGGGGAGGACCAUGGGGAGAGUUCUCACUCGCAGGAGAGAAGAGAACACCUGGAAAGACAUAAAUCGAAAGAAAGUGAUUCCGAGUCCGAACAUGACAUGGAGGAAAGGUCUCAAAAAGGAUCUCCAAGUUUGAGGAAACGGUCCCAAAGCUCGGAUAGCCUAAAACGCCGGCUUAGCUUUCAACCCAACGCCAAUGGCAGUGAGGAUGAAGAUGAGGGUGAAGACUCCCAGCAUCACAGAGGGAAACGUUUGCUAAGGGAACCCAAAGAGGAGGAGGAAGAAGAAGAGACCCAAGAGGAGGCAGAGCACUCAGAGGACAGUGAUAGGGAGGAAAAUACCCAUGAAGAAAGGGAGAGGGAGGACGAAGAUGAUGAUGACGAAGACGAAGACGACGAAGAGGAGCCAAGUCAACACAAACGGGUGCAGGCCCCACACAGCAAUGCCCUUAGUACACCACCCACAGCCACCACACCCCUCUCCCCCGACUCUGCUGCCACUGCAGGCCAGUUAUUUGACAGCAGCAACAGUAGUGAUGAGUCCUCCAUGAAAAAAGCUCAAAUGUCGGCCUCAAAUGCCUUGGCCAAAAUGAAUGCCGAGACCAAUGAUGGUGAGGAGGAUGAAGAGGAAGAUGAGGAGGAGGAGGAGACGGCGGAAGAGAGGACAGGAAAUGAGAGGAGAUCUAAAGAAAUCAAAAAACACAAAACCAGAGACAGUGAUGAGGAAGAGGAGGGGGAGGAGGAAAACGGAAACGAUGAAGAAGAGGAAGCCGAAGAUGAGGAAGACCACUCCCAAAGCUCUCUGCCACAACGACGACGAGGUGCACGAGGAGAUGGAGGCAGAAGAAGACGAAGAGAUAGCUCCGAUAAUGAUGAAGAAUUAAGUUUCCAUUUGGAAAAGUCAUCAUCGAACACACCAACAACAACUUCCAAUCAUUUACAUAGCAACAACAACAACAACUCCACUACCACGGUUGUGCUGGCCACCAAGGCUAGCAAAAAAUUAACUCCAACAACGAAUAAUGAUAUAAAAAUCAAACAGGAAUAUCUAUAAUAUAAUAAUAAUAAUUAUAAUAUUACAACAAAAACAACAACAACCACAAACUGAAAAUGUGCCGAUAUAUAUGUAUGUGUGUUAUAUUUUUUAUAGGAAAAUAAGCUCCUCUCAUCUUGCAUCGUACUCCCACACACACAUAGACACAAAACCAAACACUCUCUGUCCCCAUCUCUCGCUCUCUCUCUCUCCCUCUCUUUAUUAGCACAGGACAACAAGAAAUAACAAUUUUUUUAAAACACAGCAAAUAGAUGAAGACAAGCUUUUGAAAAGAACUUUUUAGAUUUCUAAGUUGUGUAACACAAAGAAAAAGCUUUAGACUUUUAAGCUUUAAUUUCAUUUUUCAAAUUUUUCUCAAGAAAAAAUGUAUUUUUUAAAUUUUCCUAAAAGGAAAAAUAUAACCAAAAGCUCCCUCCAUUAGCCUUUCUAUCACUCUCUCUCUCCUUCUUUCUUUUUGUAUAAAACGUUUACUCUGGUUUUUGUUAGGACAUGCUUUAAAGCUUUGCUUUUGCCAAAGCUUUUGCUAAUCUUUUACAGAAAAAAAAACUAAGGAGAGGAUCAAAAUAAUUUGAGUUUCUCUCUCUCCCUUCUCUCUGAUAGGUUGAAUCAUUUGUUCUAAUUUCUUAGACAUUUAAGUACAAAAUACAAAUUGAAAUUGUUAAAAAAAUAAACAAAAUAACAAAACAGACAACAACAACAACAACAAAAAACAACAUUUGUUUACAAAACAAACA